AUGAUACCUCCGCCUUGUCUCGGAUGUAAGAAUCCUACAGCCUCGUGUAAGUCCAAUGUCCUAUUUAGAACACCCGCCCAGCUGUCAGUUCAAAAUCAUCCCGUCCCUCUUCCGGAUAACUGCUCAACCGAGACACACAUAACAAACCAUCAGUGUUCUCGGAAGAUCGAAAGUCACACUUUUCUUUUCUCUGUCUGGAUAUAUCCCUUAUUAUCUUUGACUGGCCCGGCCAUCUGCCCUUGCCAUCUGACUGGUGCGCUUCCGUCAUAUCAAUACCCAAAAAUUCCCCGGUCUCAACUUGCAGGUUUUACAGCAAUAUUCCAAGACAUUACGGACCAACGACAGCGGCCUGACGGUAGAGCGGAGGCGAUAACAUCCAAAAGAUCAACACCCCUCAAAGCCCAAGCUCAAAGACAUGAAUGCCACUACGGCAUGUAUUUCUCACCGCCAACCCCACCUAAACCAACCACGCAUCAUCUGGUACGAUCGAUGCCAACAUUCAUCAUGAUAUGGGAUUGUCAAAAUUUUGCUCUUUUUUUUUUUUUUUUUUUUGCUUCUUCCCACCGAUGA